AUGGAUAAAGAUCCUAACACCUUCAUCCUCAACUAACCGAAUAAAAUUGUUAGAUCAAGAUGAGGGUAAAUUUUUUUACGAUAUAAAAUAUUCUAUGCUCUAAAUGUAUUAGCAAAUGUGCUAUAAAUCUCAUAUACAUAAAAUGGCUAGUGAAGUCUAGCCCUUCCUCUUAGAGACGGCUGCCCAUGCAUACCUGGUAUAGUUUUUGGAACCACUAGUUAUCCCAGCAACAUCUCCACCUCAAGGUGAAAGAAGUUGGUGUAGGAGCAAAGAGACAAAGUUGGAAAUGGUGAUAUUCAGCAAUGGUCUACGGACAACAGGGAAACCAAUAUCGAGAAGAGAGGUUUAGGCCUGGGCUCAGAGGACUAUGUGGAAGUACACAAAAUUCGCUUGGGUCACAACACAGUUUCUAGCGAAUCUGUCAGAAUACCGCCUGUGUUGAAAUAGAGAUCUUAUGCAUUUAGAAUCUUCAAUGCAAUGCUAUUAAUCGCAUUAGAAUUGUUUAGGAAUAUAUGAGGUACAAUCUCUAAAAUUCACUCUUAUCAAUGAUAGGCAGUUAGACUUGAAGCGCGAGUAUGCUUCAAACUUGACAAUAUGAAAUUUUUUCGAUCAAGGAUGGGCUUAAUUUUUGCGAUUUUGGGGUUUAAUUUUAAUCGAACUGCUCGAUCAUAGCUACAGGGAGUAAGGUGCUAAGCAAGUCACUUAUAGAAGCAAUAUCAGCAGGAGAUUCUGAAGCAAGUAUAGAAAUUUUAGAGAAAUUAAUUAGUAUAGAUGCUGACUCGCCUGCAUCCUUGAGUGAACAAGGCUAUUAUAAAAUAUCUUGAAAUGUAAGUAAUAACUAUUAUAAUGAAAUAUUUGGCUAAACUAUUAAAUUUUAAAUAGUUUGCACUCUGAAGCAUAAACUUUAUUAGUAAAUUGCAUUUCUCUUUUAAAUUUCGUAAAUUUGAUUUUAAAAAAGUUAUUAUAAUAUGUUUGUAAAAUAAAUUAAAAUAAAUUUAGCCGGCAAAAAUAUUUUGCUUGCUCAAGGCAGUGAGAGUGAGAUUAAAUUUAGAAUUUCACCUAAAAAACCCAAGCAAGAGAUAAAAAUUAAGGAUAUUAAACCUCAACAAAAAGAAGUUAAAUAUAAUGCUCAGCAAGGAGAAACUCGUCUGCCUCCUUCUCAUGAACCUAGAAAAGCAGUUUUUACUGGUGCUCCUCGAAUAAUAAAUAAUAAAGAUGUGCCUUUGCCUGAAGAAGCAUUUAAUCUUUCAAAAUCUCAAAUUUACCCCAAUCCUAACGCUUAUGGUCAAGCUAUCCCUAAUAUACCAUAUCAAGAAUGGCCACCUAUGCCUCCAAGACCUGUUCAACCAAAAUCAAAUAAUAAUCCACCUUUUAUCCAAGAAAAUCCAGCCUUUAUCUCUAAAGCAAAUAUUCCUAACCCUUCUCAAAAUAAGCAAAUUUCAUCCCAAAAUGAACUUAAUAACCUUCCCAACCUUAAUCCAGCCCCUCUUCAUAAAGCAGGCUUUCCUAAUCCACCUCAAAAUGAACUUAAUGACCUUCCUAACCUAGCCCCAGCCCCUAUCUUAAAUCCCUAUGAAUUAGCACAUCAAGCUCCUCUACCCGAUUUAAAUGCAAAACCUUAUAAAAUGGCACCUCAAGUUCUAGAUCCUAUCCCUGAUAUCAAUAUUAAUCCAGUAGUACCUCAAAAAAUUAAUGUUCAGCAAAAUAUAGAAAAAGAUCCUAUUCCUAAUAAAAUAGUAAUUCAAGAAAUUAAUGCCAAAAAAAAUAUAGAAGAAAACGAAGAUUUUCGGGAUGUCCUUGAUAAAGAAAUGCAAGGCCCGCCGAAUAAUGAAAAUAAUUUGUUGCCACCUGAAAAUGAGAAUCGUAGAGUUGUUGAUUUAACAGAAGAAGAAUUAGAACAGAGAAAGCAAGAGCAAGCUCAAAAGAAAUAUGAAAUAGCUAAGCAGCUAAUGGAAGUUACAGGAACUGACUUAAAUACUGCAAUUAAAAUAAGCGAAAGAGUAAGCUCUCUUGAGGCUGCAUUUCAACUAUUUUAUGGAUAA